UAAUAACUAAUGAACUGAAAUUUUUACUUAAAUAUCAAUUGUUUUGUCCAUAUUGUAGGAGCAUGAAUAUUCUCUGGGUGGUAGCAGCGGUCUACCUAGGGCUUCCUCCCCUAAUUGAGGCCGGUUGCAGACCUAGUGUGACAGAGGUGGGAGGUUCAAAUGCAGGUGGUAGAAGGAGUUUCUGUUCAGGCGACCUCAUCUUCGCAGAAUGGUUCGACAAUCUCAACCAGAAUCUCUGGAAUCACGAGCAUCAAGUUGAUGGAUGCGGAAACGGAGAAUUUCAACAGUACGUGAACGACAGGUCCAUCAGUUACACAGAAGGUGGAAAGCUAUUCAUUAAACCCAAAAUAGUGGGUGAUGUUCCCCUUAAUAAUGGAUAUUUCAAUCCGGUUAAAAGUGCAAGGAUGACAACGGCUGGAAAAUUUACUUUCAAGUAUGGAAAACUCGAAGCUAGGGCUCAAAUUCCUGCUGGCGAUUGGCUGUGGCCAGCCAUCUGGAUGAUGCCCCAAGAUUUCCGCUACGGUGGUUGGCCAACAUCAGGUGAAAUAGACAUAAUGGAGAGCAGAGGAAACAAAAAUUUACAUGCGUGGGGUGGCAACAUAGGCACCCAACUCGUCUUCAGUACCUUGCAUUGGGGAAAGAGCCCCAGAGAAAACCUGUUUCAAAAAACGCACUUCGAGAAAAGGAGAGGCGAUGGAUUCGACUCAGACUUUCACAACUACGUCGUCGAAUGGACACCUGACUACAUCGCUUUCAGAGUGGACAACCAAGAGCUUGGCAGAAUAACUCCACCGUCAGGAGGUUUCUACCAGCUGGGUGGACUGUCUGGACAUAAUCCUUGGGCGUCUGGAACGAAAAUGGCGCCCUUCGAUCAGCAUUUCUACCUUAUCGUUAACGUAGCUGUGGGAGCGACUAACGGUUAUUUUCCGGAUCAAUGCAGUAACCCUGGUGGCAAACCUUGGAAGAAUUGGUCACCGCAGGCUUCGAGGGACUUUUGGAAUGGUAACUGGCAGUGGAGAUCCACUUGGAAUGAGUGGUCGAGACCUACACAGAGGGCCCUCAAGGUGGAUUACAUAAGGAUUUGGGCCAUCUAAUCUUCAAAUGAAUAAAAUAAUUUUUAUUGUGAAAUAUCUGAUGAUAAAUAGAGGCUUUGAAAGUA